UUGUGGGGGAUUUCCGUUACAGUGAUUACGUCCAUAAUAGAUUUAAUUGCACCUCAUCUUGCUAUUAUUUUUAAUACUUGUAUCGAUUCUGGUGUGUUUCCUGAUUUAAUGAAGUAUAGUAAAGUAAUACCUUUAUUUAAAUCUGGUAGUACAUUGGACCCCGCUAAUUAUAGACCUAUUUCUGUACUACCAACUCUCAGUAAAAUUUUUGAAAAAAUAAUUUUGGAUCAAUUGUUAAUUUUUUUUAAUACAAAUAAAUUACUUCAUAAAAAUCAAUUUGGUUUUACAAGGGGAAGGAUUUUCUGUGUUAGUACUCUAUUGAGGACAGGAAUCGAAUAUCUAAUACCUCAUAGUCUGGAUAAUACUGACGUUAAUCCCUUUGAGAUGUAA